AUGCCAAGCGCAGCCCCGCAGCCACAGCUCAGAAAGAGAACUAGCAUCCGCGAACGCCUGAAAGCCUGGCAAAAACCGCCUCAGCCGUUGGAGCUGGUCGCCGAGGAAUCGAAGCCGCGCUUCGUCUACGAGCCCAAACAUGCCGCCGCCGAUUUUUCCCGGUUGGCGGUUUCACCGUUGAGUCACCCGGUGCAGCGUCUCCCUUCCCCGACGCACGGUCUGGCGGAAGACGACCCGCGAACCUUGGCACCCCGCGCCAGCCAGAGCCGGUCAAGACAUGGAGACAAUGACCGCGUUGGGUCACCACGAGAUGAGCAAUCAGAAAAGUGGCAUACCGGAUCCGCAGCAGACCGCCACUCCUACACCUUGGUAGAGGAGCCAUCCCAAGUCUCUAACGCCCCCAUGCAAUUCCCAGUCAACGGUCGGCCUGAUGCAUGGUGCCCGAAUGUGCAGUCAGCUGCUCCAGGGAAAGAGAAAUCGACGCCAGCCGUUGGGCGACCCCUUUCCGACUAUGAGCUGUUCAUUGCACGCGCCGAAGCGGAGGAGAGGGCACGACGCGAGCAGGUGCUGCGCAGCAUCUCGCAGCGGUCAGCCGCCGCCUACUCGGCGAACCGCGUCAAGCCGGAUCCGCACCGGCAAUUUGUGGCCGUGGCAUCGUCGUCUUCGGCCGAGCGGAGCCAUCGCAGGCCGCAACGGCACAACGGCAACAGCAGUCGCUAUGUCCUCACCAACGGGAGCGGGCGCGGGCGCGAGCAGAAACCGAAACCACCGUCGCAGCAGACGGAGCAGCAGCAUCAGCAGCGCCGUGACGGACACAACAUGAAGGGACAUGCGCGACAGUUGAGCUGGGCGCCGAGUUAUGCCACGAGUGGCAGCGCGGCGGCAGAGGAGUUGGUGGAGAGAAUGAAGUCGCCUGCUCUACCGUGGCAACAAUCAGAGCCACAACCACGUCGGCCGCCCGAGCCCGCGGCGGGGCGACACCCGGCUGUGUGCGGCCUCGUCGACGAGGAUCUGAACCGCGCGCGUGAGUACCAGCCACAGCCGCCCCGCACAUUGCGCAGGCAGGCGAGCUUGACGCAGCGGAUUGCUCAGUAUAUCCGACCGCCGAAGACCAGUGCGGUGCGGCCUGUUGAGACGCUCGUGGAGUGA